AUGUCUUCCAAAACCCCUCUCAACGUCGUUUUCGGCUGUAUGACCUUUGGCCGCGAAGGUGAAGAACAAGUCCGCACCUCAAACCUAGAAGAUUGCGCAUCUAUCCUGGAUACGUUCCAAUCCUACGGCCAUAGCGAAGUUGACACGAGUCGUUUCUACGGCGAUGGCUCAUCAGAAGAAUACCUCCAGAAACUAGGCUGGCAGAAGAGAGGCUUAACAAUGGAUACCAAAUUCUUUCCCAACGUUGCAGGCUUCUUCGGACGUGCACAAACGCAUUCCAGGAUGGAGGAUAUGCGCAAGAGUCUGGAUGAAAGUCUGGCUGCUCUCGGAGGUGAGCAGGUGGAUCUGUGGUAUCUCCAUGGUCCAGAUCGUACUGUGCCACUUGAAGAAACCGCGAAAGCAGUCAACGAUCUUCAAAGAGAGGGCAAAUUCAAGCGAUGGGGUGUGAGUAACUUCAUGUCUUGGGAAGUCGCAGCGCUAUGUGAGAUCUGCAAAGCAAAUGGAUACCAAUUGCCUAGUGUAUACCAAGGUGUGUACAAUGCUCUUCACCGCAGCAUCGAACACGAACUCCUCCCUUGCCUGCGCAAGUACAAUAUGUCCUUUUACGCAUUCAAUCCAUUAGCAGGCGGAUGGUUGACCUCGCGGUACAAGCGCGAUAUGAACGACAGCACCAUUGAAUCUGGCAGUCGUUUUGAUCCAAAUCGUAUGCAAGGGAAGAUGUACCGCGCGCGUUACUGGAACGACGAGUUCUUCACUGCAAUCGAGGGCUUGCGCUCCGAGCUGCCAGAUGGCCAGACGGAGAGCGAGACAGCGCUUAGGUGGAUGAUGCACCACAGUCAGCUGAAGAAAGAGUUUGGUGAUAAAGUGAUUAUUGGAGCGAGUAGUAAGGAGCAGUUGGAGAUGAACCUCAAGGAUUUUGAAAAGGGGGCGUUGGACGAGAAGGUUGUGAAAGCAUUGGAUCAGGGUUGGGCUGGUACUCGUGGAGUCACUUGGAAGUACUUUCACUAG